UUUUUUUUCAUUGGUGUUUUGUAACCGCUAUACGUUUUAUGCUUAAUAAAUUAUAGUUUUUAAUUUCAACCGUCAACGACGUAAGAAAUUUCGUUACGUUUGUGAUCUAUUCUUGAGUAAUCAUUUUUUAAUAAGGUACAAAUUCUGUGGCCCAAAUGUUGCAAUGCAACUAAUGUUGACAACUUUGUAGGAACAUGUUUACAAAUAUUUCAACUCAUUUUGAAUGAACACUCGACAUAAAAUCCACACGCUAGGCAGUUCUUCUCUUUACUUGACAUUUGUCUUUUCGACCAUCAGCCAGUGUGGACUUUGGUUAUAGUGCAAUAUAAAGUCGCAUAUAGAUUUUAAUUUUUUAAUAAAAAAAUUGCUGUAAUUUAUUGAAAAUGUCACUCGCUUCUGAUGCCGUGUUUGAAAAAAUUAUCGAUGGCUUAAAAGGCAAUGAAUCUAAAGCAAAAGCAAUAAAUGGAGUAUUUCUCUACAAAAUCACCAAAGACGGCAAAGUGGCUAAAGAAUGGACGUUGGAUUGUAAAAAUGCUAAAGCAUACGAGGGUCCUGCCAAAGGUAUCAAAGUCGAUACUACCUUAACUGUAGCUGAUGAGGACAUGGUAGACAUUGCUCUUGGAAAACUGAAUCCACAGGCCGCUUUCAUGAAAGGAAAACUCAAAAUCUCUGGCAACAUAAUGUUAACACAAAAAUUGGCACCUCUGCUCAAGACAGAAGCCAAAUUGUAAGGACAUGACAAUAAGUCUUGCAACAUAAACUACAAACAUUCUGUACUAUUUUUAACUGUUUAAACUCUCUACGAUUGGAAUUCUUUGUUGGUGUUUUAACAUAUAUACAUAAGUUCAAAAUUCGAGGGUUCAGCUCAAUUUUAUACAAUAUGCAAAGGGCUUGAGAAAAAUGUUUUAUGAGCACGACCUGAUUACUUGAAUUGUAUUUUAUAUAAGAAAAUAAAAAAUAAAAAGUACUCUUUUCUGUGCAUAUGUACAGGCACCCAUAUGUAUAUACAUAUAUUACUGUACGUUAUCAUUGAUUUUGAGAACCGAUUUUAAUCAA